AUGGAAAAGAAUUCUGGAAAAUGGGAUAUUUCAAAGUCAAUUAUAUUGAGGUUCUUCCAAGUUCCAACAUGGACUGCCAUGACUAGUCUAUCAAAGACUUUGACAAGUCUGCUUAAAAACUCAAUACUAUUCAUCGAUCUAAUCAAUUCCACUGUUACACUUUUACAUUAUAACACAAAACCCCUCUGCAAAAUACCUUUGCUAAUUGCAAAAAUGGUCAAUACAAAAGCAGUUGUCUCCAUCGUAGCCUCUUUUGCUGCUUCAGCAAUGCUAAUUCCAACCAUUCGUUCUCGAAUUCACAGUUACUUGUGCUCUAAUCUCCAUAGUGUUUCUAGUUAUUUGUCUUCUCAAAUCACUUUUGUUGUUGAGGAAUUCUACUAUCAAGAAUUGUUUAUGGCUGUUGAUGCUUAUCUGGGUACCAAAUUGGCAGCUUCUGUUGGAAGCGUAAAAGCAAGCAAGCAAGAGGGUGAGAAAAAAAUAGCAAUCACCAUGCACAAAGAUGAAGAAACUUGUGAUGUUUUUGAAGAUGUAGAAGUGAAGUGGAAAUUGAUUUUUAAAGAAUUGCGAAGCUACGAGCUAACUUUUAACAAGAAACACAAAGAGAAGGUGCUGAAUAAUUACCUGCCACACAUUCUGCAGCAAGCAGAAGCCAUUAAAGAAGACAAUAAGAUAAGAAAGAUCAACAUGCUUCAACGUAUGACAAUGGUGUCAUCAGCAGAAUUUCAUCAUCCAAUGACCUUUUCCACCAUUGCGAUGGAUGAAGAGCUUAAACAAGAAGUAAUGAAUGAUUUGAACACAUUCAUGAACUCCAAAGAAUACUACAGAAGGAUUGGGAAAGCUUGGAAACGCACAUACUUGAUACAUGGUCCUCCAGGAGCAGGCAAGUCCAGCUUGAUUGCUGCAAUUGCUAAUCACUUGAACUACAACAUAUAUCAAGUAGAUCUAUCAUAUUUCCGGCAAGAUGUGGAUGAUAUGAGGGACCUGUUGCUUCACUAUAUCACCCGUUCUGUACUUGUCAUCAAGGAUAUUGAUUCUCUGAUCAGGCCAAGAUACCAAGAAGCAGAAGCUGGACCUGGCCUUGGAGCUCAAAAACAGGCUCAUUUAUUGAAACUGCUAAGGCUUAUUGAUGGACUUUGGUUGCCACGAGGAAAUGAACUGAUCAUCAUUUUCACAACCAAUCACGUAGAAAAGGUCGACCCAGAAUUGUUAAUGCCUGGUCGCAUCGAUUUGCAGAUUCAUAUGUCAUAUUGUACAAUUUCUGUAUUGAAGCAGUUAGUGUACAGGUAUUCUGGUGUUAUUAUUUGCAAGCCGCCUGAAGAGAUUGAAGAGCUAUUAGAGAAGGCUGAAGUCACUCCUGCAGAAGUUGCAGGAGAGCUAACAAGGAGUACUUGGAAUUCUGAUUUCUUAGAUCGCCUUACCGAGUUCCUUCAGGAGAAGCAGCUACAGAAAAUUGCAUGA